AUGGCUUCUGCGUCGGAAUCUACGCCCGCCUCCUGCAAGGUGGUGCUCUCCAAGAACGUUGCGAACGGCCUGCUCGCGGAGGUCAAGCAGGGCCUGCAGACCUUGGACAAAGCCCCUCACCUCGUCGGGUUCCUCGCCAACAAUGACCCUGCCGCGCGCAUGUAUGCUGAGUGGACGGAGAAGACCUGUCAAGAAAAUGGAUUCCGUUACUCUCUCCGUGAAGUCAACCGCGAUGACCUCGAAGAAGCCAUCCUCGCCGCCAACGUCGACUCGGACGUUGACGGUAUCAUCGUAUACUACCCCAUCUUCAACAACCGCCAAGACCAGUACCUCCAGCAGAUUGUCGACGUAUCCAAGGAUGUCGAGGGCCUGAGCCAUCGCUACAUCUUCAACAUGUACCAGAACAUUCGGUUCCUGGACCCCGAGACGAAGCGCCAGAAGUGUAUCCUGCCCUGCACGCCACUCGCCAUUAUCAAGAUCCUCGAAUACCUCAACAUCUACAACACGAUAUUGCCGUAUGGAAACCGUCUCUUCGGCCGCACCAUCUGUGUCGUCAACCGCUCCGAGGUCGUCGGACGCCCGCUCGCCGCCCUGCUGGCCAACGACGGUGCCUGCGUCUACAGUGUCGACGUCACCGGCAUCCAGCGAUUCACUCGCGGUGAGGGUCUGAAGAAGGGCCGGCAUGAGAUUCACGACCUGGAGGGCAAGACGCUGAAGGAUGUGGCUCCUCUGUGCGACACGGUCAUCUGUGGUGUUCCCGGUGACUCCUACAAGUUCGAUACCAGCCUUCUCCGUGAGGGUGCCAACUUCGGACCCGAAGUCAAGCAGAAGGCCUCUAUCUUUGUGCCUUCCAUUGGCAAGGUGACCAUCGUUGUCUUGCUUCGUAACCUCCUGCGCCUGAUCCAAAACCGGAGACUGGAUGAUGUGAAGCCCGCGGAAGCCACCGAGCGCCCGGGCACCCUUGAGGCGCAGGCUCAAUAA